CCCACUGCACUCUGCGGCCUACCAAGGUCACCUGGCCAUGAUCAAGGUCAUGCACCAGAUAGCUCAGUUGGACGUAAAGAAGGUCCGUCGCGACAACAAGGGCCGGACUCCGUUGCACUGUGCGGCAGUGUACAACCGCUUUGAGAUCAUGGAGUACUUCGUCAGCCAGUCCCAGAAAGUCGACAUAGACGUGGUCGAUAAGGCAGGCCAAACACCGUUGGUUCUGGCGGCUUCACAAGGCUCCCUCGAGUGUGUUCGAAUCCUGUUAAAACGAGGGGCAAAUCCUGCAAUAACUGGCCCGGACCAUCGCAACUUUCUACACCACCUGAUUCUUCAGAACAUAAAUCUCAAGUACCUCCUGGACGUCAUUAAGAAUAUCCCCAACCUGAACCUGAUCGUGAACGCCAAGGACACGGGUGGCUACACGCCGCUCCACCACGCCGCUGAGCUGGGCCUGACCAGUGCUGUACCCAUUCUGUUUGAGCUGGGAGCCCAGUUGAGAUACAAGAACAAAGAGAACCUCUCGCCAUUUCACUUGGCCAUCAAGGCUGGGUGUAUGAAGGUGUGUCUUGCGAUGCUCAAACGAACGACUGGAGGAGUGACCAUCUCAGAGAUUGACGGCAGGGGUCGGAGCCCCGUCCAUCUGGCGGCCAGGUACGGUCACGUCAAGAUUCUGGACACGCUGGUCAAGCUCGGGGCUCGGAUGAAGAGAGACAAAGACGGCAACACCCCCCUCCACUACGCCGCGGCUGCUGGGAACCUGAUAUGUGCUGAGAAUCUGCUCCACGUGUGGGGCUCGGUGCUCAAUGCUCAAAACAAUGUCGGGGACACGGCCCUCCACCUGGCUGCCAGGAACAACAACGCCAAAAUUGUGGCCAUGCUUCUCUCUAACGACGCUCUGGUCGUCUCCAACGACGGUCAGUACACGUUCUUAGACGACGCCAUCACCAACCGCUGCGUCGAUGUGGCCGAAGGGAUCGUUCGACAUGAGAGAUGGACCGAGCUACUCAACAUCAGGUCAGCUGUUUGCGGUCACUACUCCCUUGAGUUCAUUAAACACAUACCCAGUGCUUUCAAGAUUGUUCUAGACAAGUGUAUCCAGAGAAGUGACUUGAACCAAUUAGACAGUUUGUACACAGUAACCUAUAACUUUACCUACUUACACCUGGACCAAAGCUACCAAAAGUUCGCAGAAACUAAACACUACGCUUCCAAUAUCUUGCUCCCUUUAAAGCUGAUGAUCAAAUACAAGAGAGAGGCUUUGUUGUCUCAUCCGUUGACCCUGUGGUACCUGAGACUCAAAUGGAUGAAGUACGGUAUCCUGCUGACGGUACUGCGGAUGAGCCUGUACGCGACCUUCCUCAGCUGUCUGACGUCCAUCGUUGUUUCCCUGCGGCCGCUGGACCACUACGACGGCCGCGUGCUCCGGCCGGUGCCCAUCAACUACCAGCAGAACGUCCAGAAGGUUCUGGAGGGGAAGCUGCCCAGCUACGAUGGUAACGAAGACAACGAGUCCAGUUAUAUUUACCUGCGCCGUGCUGACAUCGUCCAUGACGAGUAUAACGAGAAAACUCGGAUACCUACACCUUAUCACAUCCAGUGGCUGAUCGGUGUAGUGGCAUUCUACAUCGUCAUCUCUAUCAUUAAAGACGGCAUAUACUUCUGGCGUACAGAGAAGAAAUUCCUGAGUCCCACGACCAAAGUGACAGAAUGGAUCAUGUACUGUUCUACCACCUACUUUAUCGUGCCUAUGAUGUUCAACUACAGAAACCACUACCAGUGGUCAGCGGGGGCCAUCGCUAUUUAUCUGGCCUGGUUCAACUGUUACAUGCACAUUCAGAGGUUCGACUACUUCGGCAUCUACGUUGUCAUGUACAUCGAGACGAUGAAGACUUUGCUCAAAGUGUUGCUGCUCUUUUUUAUGCUCGUCAUGGCGUUUGGUCUGGCCUUCUAUGUCGCUCUAAGUGAUGAGCCUACCCAGUCCAACAAGUUCCCCUUCCAGUCCAUCUACAGGACUUUCAUCAUGAUAUUCAAUCUGGAUUUCCUCAUCUCCUUCGGCACGGAAGAUUUUAAUUUUAUCUCGUUUUUCUUGUUGGCAUUGUAUCUUUUACUGCUGCCGACUUUGUUGGUCAAUUUGAUGAUUGGAGUGGCUGUGGGAGACAUUGCCUCCGUUCUCGCAAACGCUCGUGAAAAGAAACUUGCCACUCAGGUGAAGUUUUUCGCCAACAUAGAGAACACCUUCCCCUUCUUGACUGGCCUGAUCGCUGACACCUACACCGUCUACCCUAACGCCGACAACUACGAUAAUGGAUAUCUUGGCAGGUUACUGAAGCUGUAUGCAAUGAGUGAAUCAAAGACAAAUGAAAAAUACACUACCGAUAUUUCGAUGAUUAGCAAGACGGUCCAGAUGUUGAGUGUAAAGAUCCGGCAACAGAACCAGAUGCUGCUUCAGAUUGCCACCAAAAUGAAGAUCCAGCUGGAAGGUCACGACGUCCAGACAGAGGCCACCGUCAAGAAGAUGAUCGUUGGCAUUUUAUCAGAGGCCAAAAUAGACUAGAUAUAGUCAGCUCUACGGCAGAGGCCAAAAUAGACUAGAUAUUGUCAGCUCUACGGCAGAGGCCAAAAUAGACUAAAUAUUGUCAGCUCUACGGCAGAGGAUAAAAUAGAUAAGAAUGGGCAUUUUAUUCUGGGGGAUGCUGGACACGUUGGGUGAAAAUAUCGUCGAUCUGGAUGACGGCAAAACAUUCAUCACCUCAGUCUAAUUGUAAAGUCUGUGAUUUUUUUCGUCAGUUUGUUCAAUAAAUAUUAAAGUGGUCCGCACCUUUGGGCAUACGGAUAUGUCGGUGAUAACAUAUUGCCUAUAGUUUUAGCACAUCUUAUAUGUAAUUUAGUCGUAGGCGGGGUGGGGGGAGGUAACACGCCCUGUGGAAAUCACACUACGUGUCACACGACCUAGUAACGCCACUGCUUAUAUUAGGCCAAAAUAGACUAGAAAUCCUCGGCAUAAUUUCAGAGGCAAUUUAAAAGAUAUACUCGGCACUAUAUCAGAAAACAAAAUGAACUAGUAGUCGUUGACAUUAUAAUCACAAGCCAAAAUAAAAUCUUAUCAGAAACUACAAGAGACCAGAAAUUCUAGACAGUUAUCGGGGACAAAAACGGCCUAAUUCUAGCAAAUUGUACAGUCUCGCGCUCAAUACAAUUGAUCUGAAUCAAGCAGGUCUAUAAAAAAAAAUGUCUUUCAACGACAUAAAGUAUUAUCCAUUCAGCAACUCGGUGAACUCAUUUUAAACGUUUUUCGUCUUUAUAUUGUCCCAGUAAAAUUGUUUAUACCAUUCUGUCUUUAAAGGUUGUAAAAUUAUAAAGUCACUGUGAUUUAACAUUGUAUUUUUUUAUGUGAGGUCAUUCUAGCUUUUAAUCUAGCUUUUAAUUGAAAAUGUUGUUACAUUAAUACUUCUAAUAAUGU